GAAGCAAACACAAAAGACGAAGACACCACAUCUACAAGACUCGUUUGUCAUGCUCAGAAUAGCGCAGCCCAGGCUGCUCUGCCGUUGUCUGAUUCAACAAAGUGCGCAAUACAGCAACACGGCGAUUGCGAGAGCGGGCCCCGCUGCAGCACAAUCUACGACUGGUACGCCUGCGCCAAGACCCAAGAAGGAGAAAGCAAUCACGAGUAUCUGUGAGGCGGGAACCGUCAUGAAGGGUCUCAAUAUACUCAAGGCUGGCGCAGAUCCGGUUGCCAUGCCCAAUGCAGAUUACCCAGCAUGGCUAUGGACGAUCACAGACAAGAGCAAUCAAGGCGCGAAGAAGGAAGCUCGGAAGGCGAAUCGUGCGGCCAUCAAGCGCAAGAAUUUCUUUGCCGGCAGACUGUAGGUUUGGGUGUGACUCGUUCUGUGGGAGCAGGAUGAAUGACCUGUGCCUACAAUGCUAUGCUCUCUAUGCUAUACUUCGUGAAAUGGCGUGAGCCCGGUCUUGUCUAGAAAAAGAAGAAGCGCUUGCGAUUUAGAAGGUCGCUCAGCUGCUUGUAGUAAGUCAUC